UGUGUGCAGGGCCAGCGCGAAGCCGGAGCAGCCGCGGUGAAGCUCUUGGGCUCCGCUGAGAGCCCGUUCGUUGCCUCGGCCGCAACAGCUUCAAGCCGCCGCCGCCACUGGGUGAGCGGCCGUCUAUUGUCCUUCUCGGCGGCGAAGGUGCGGAGCUGCUCCGGCUGGGCCCGCGGGGAAGCCCCGGGCGCCGCACGGUCGGGUAUUCCUGAUUUUGCCGGGUGUGUGUCCCUGGAAGACCACGUUUGUGGAGUCUCUGCUCCGUGUCCCCACUGUCUUCAAGUGCCGCCGCCCAGAGUGUCCUGGGUCAUGAAACUUAAUCCACAGCAAGCUCCAUUAUAUGGUGACUGUGUGGUUACGGUGUUGCUGGCCGAAGAGGACAAAGUGGAGGAUGACGUAGUUUUUUACUUGGUAUUUUCGGGGUCCACCCUCCAUCACUGCACAAGUACUCGGAAAGUCAGUGCUGAUACGCUGGAGACCAUUGCUCCUGGUCACGACUGCUGCGAGACCGUGCGGGUGCAGCUCUGCGCUUCCAAGGACGGCCUCCCCGUGUUCGUGGUGGCUGAGCAGGACUUCCAGUUCGUCCAGGAUGAGGCGUACGACGCAGCCCAGUUCCUGGCCACCAGCGCCGGCAAUCAGCAGGCUCUGAACUUCACCCGUUUUCUGGACCGGUCGGGACCCCCGUCUGGGGAUGUGAAUGCCCUUGAUGAGAAGGUCGCCCUGGCAUUCCGACACCUGAAGCUGCCGGCCGAGUGGAACGUGCUGGGCACGGACCAGACGCUGCAUGACGGCGGCCCCCGGGAGACGUUGAUGCACUUUGCCGUGCGGCUGGGCCUGCUGCGGCUCGCGUGGUUCCUGCUGCAGAAGCCGGGUGGCCGCGGGGCCCUCCGCGUCCACAACCAGGAAGGGGCGACACCUGCGAGCCUGGCCCUGGAGCGCGGGCACCACCAGCUGCACCAGCUUCUGACCGAGGAGAACGCCGGAGAACCAGACUCCUGGAGCCGCUUAUCCUACGAGAUCCCUUACGGGGACUGUUCUGUGAGGCACCACCGAGAGCUGGACGUCUACACGUUAACCUCUGAGUUCGAAGCGCACCAUGAACCCCCAUCUCCGGGAGACCAUUGCACUGGACACAUCUUUAAACUUAGGAACAUCCAGCAGCAGCUAAUGAAAACAAACCUUCAGCAGAUGGACAAUCCUAUGCCCUUAAUGGUGCCAGCACAGGAUCCUUCAGGUGUGCCCGCUGCCCAAGACACAGACGGCCAGCUCCUCUGCUGCACGUCGGCCCCCAGGGACGGGACCCAGCGCUCUCUUCCCGAGGACCCUGUGAGCUGUCCGUGCUGCCAAGGGGGCACUGCCCGGGAGAUUGCAAGUGCCUGCGAUUUGUCGGCCGUGGCUAAGGAAGAGCACUCAGACUGUUCCUGCAGGAGGAAAACCGCAAGCGUGGAGAGAAGAGGGGAAGAGGCGGGGGCAGCACACACCGUGGCCCUCAGAGCCGCGUCUGGGCCCAGCAGCGGCCCACAGAGCGUGCCAGGGGGCGAGGGCACAGGGGGCGUCCCCUGCUGUGGAAUCGGAGAUGGAGAAACUGGAACAAACUCUGCCACGCUGGCCACAGACCAGGAGCCUCCAGGCACUGGAGACCACAUCCCACAUGGAGAUGUGGUCGUGCAGCCGGGCACCGCCCCCGCUCCGCAUCAGUCCGGAGGUGAGCUGGCCGUCGGUGCCCCAGCCACUGCAGGGGACCCAGAAUGUGGUCUCGAGAACACAGACGCCGCCACCCAGAAGAGCGCACUGGAGGUCGGGGGAAGCACCGAGGAAGAGUUCUCGGACUCUGGUAUCAGCCCGGCUGGAGCCUGUGACGGAAGAGGCCCCGGAAGGCCUGCAGAGGAGGCCAGCGCCCCGCACGGUGUGGCUGCCGCUCCCCUGGACGCCCCCCGGCCUGCCGAGUGUUUGCCUACAGUGAGUAACGGAGAGGCCUCCGCUGUCUGCACUGCAGCAGCUGACACUGCACAAGGCUGUGAGGGGGGUGCCGGGACCCCGGCAGAUCCGAGCCCCCCGCUGGUGCCGGCUGCUGCAGAAGCCCCGCCUGCGGAUGGGCCCAAGCCCUGCGCUGCCCCAGCGAGCGUGAUUGUGGCCGUGUCGCCCUCUAACCUGACCUUUCCCGAGCCCCAGAAAGACACAGCAAACCAGAAGUCAGAAAUGGAAUUGUCUUCCCUGCAAAGCCCAAACAGCGGACAGUCUGUCUGCCCUCCCGCCGGAGGGGACGAGCCGCGUGCUGCCUCCGAGUGGCAGCAGAACACGGUGACUUCUGGUGGCGUGUUGGCCGCAGGAUGCUGUGAUGACACAGUCACCUGGCCUGACAGCAGCCCCCCAGGACUGCCCCCCGCACAGCGUCCACACCCCGCCGCCUGCCGUGCAGGGCCGCAGGCUAGCCCAGCCUCCCCCGCCGGCCCCGUGUGGGAUACCCAGGAACAUGUGGAGUUGCAUCCUCUACAAGUUUCAGAUGAAAACAGACAUGGAGAAGAUUUGAAAUCAGAAACCUCCUCGACGAGCACACCCGGGGUGCGUCCGUGUGCCGCUGCCCCCGGAGCUGAGGAGGAGCUGGUGCCGGACCAGGCAGUGACAUCACACAGGACUUCUUCCCUGGCAGGCAGUCCGGGCCGUGAAUCAGUAACCAAAGAUGACGCGCCUUCUCUUGUCCCCUCCCAGAAAGAAAAGGGAACAGCAGCUCCCAGACUGCACACAGCUGCCGGCGCUCGGGAUGGCCCCAGCGGGGACGCAGACGAGCCUGGUGGGCAGCCUCUAGAAGACGGCGCCGCAGGCCUGGCCGUGGCCUGCACUGCUCUCCAGCAUCAGCCCGACAUGGGGAAUACCAGCCCCACGGGCCUGGGCGAGGAGCAAGGGGGUCCCUGCCUCUCGGCAGCCCCCGAAGUUCUGCAUCUCGGGGGCGGCACGGACUCCUCCCUGCUGCCUGCGGGUCGGGUGACCGUGGCCUCCGGUUCCGUUUUGACUGAAGAAAGGAAAAAUCUGGUGCUUCCAGAAAGCUCUGAAGCUCAGGGACAGGGUGGCGGGGAGAAAGCAGUGACUUGUUCCUCCAUGCAGGAAGACACGCUUUCCUCAGGAACGUUUCAGGAAGAGCAGAUGGCACCACCUCUCCGACCCGAGGCACAGGGACUCUGUGGAGAGCCCGGGCCUGCUGGCCGUGCGGAGGACAAAGCCCUCGAGCUCAGUGACGGGCCCGGCACACCCUCGGCCUGCCCCGAUGCAGGAACUCAGCUAAACAAGGAAGUGGCCCCACCAGUCCCGCCGCCGCCUGGAGGUGGGGCUGCACCGAGCCCGGUGCCGCGGGGGGCCGGGGGGCCUGCGGGGCCCCGCCAGGAAGGCCUGGGUGCGGAGCCGGGCAGCGAGGCUCCCUCGCCAGGACUCUUGCCGGCCGGGGCUGCGGCCCAGCCAUGCCCUCCAGCUCCUGCCCUGGGUGGUGGAGUGCAGAACCUUGAAUCCCAGGGAACAGACCCUGCUUGCGAGGCGAGCAGAAAGGCGGCAUCGGAUGUCGCCGUGGCUGCCGCUUUACCAGGUGCCAUUGGGGCCAGGGGCCAGGCUGCAUCACACAACACUCAAGACCUGGUUCCAAAAGCCUCGUUGAGCCAGGAGAAGAUGAUCCUGGGGCCGCCACGGCACUUACCAGACAGCGGUGUGACUGACCCACAGGGCGCCACAGCCCCAGAGACGCUACCUCUUGGGUGGAAGGAGGCAGAGCGCGGCAGCUGCUUGGGCAGCUCUGGAGAGGCACCGGUGGACGCCCAGGUGCGUCACACCCUGCAGCAGCCUGCUGCCACAGAGUUCCCCCCGGAGACCGGGGUCCCACGCCCUGGUGAGCAGGCCCCAGGGGGGGAGAGGGGCGCUCCCCCUCCGCCCUGUGCCGCGCAUCUGCCCGAGAGAGCCGACUCCAUCGAGGAGGCCGCGAGUCGCAUAGUGGAGGCCGUCCUAGAUCAAGUCAAGGCCUCGGGAGCACUCCUCACUGGGCUGGGGACCAGUCACAUGUCACCGUCCAGUCCUCCAGAGUCAGGCCGAGUGACCGAGCGGCUGGAGAGUGCUUCUGCAGGGAACGUGAAUGCUUUUGUGCCUGGGCAGACCCCACAACCGGGCAGUGUUCGUGAAGAAGCCCCUGGUGGCCUUGUGGGGUGCUCUGCUGAAAGCGGGGAGCCGGAGAAGAUGAGUCUGCCUGCUGACAGACCUGAGCCGGCCACAGAAAUGCCAGACCUGAAAGCUGCCGAUGAGGUGGAUUUUCGGAGUGACGGGAGGACGGGCGUGGCCUCUGCAGACAUGGCCACCGCCGCGGAGAUGCAACCAGGCCCGAAGACCCAGGCGAUAAACCGAGAGAGCUGGUGUGCAAUCAAGCCGUGCCCUGACGCAGCGUCUCUGUUGGCUCCCACACAGAGCCCAGGAUGUGACAGCUUCCUAGAUGUUGGCCUGGGCAGAGAGUGUGCCUCAAAACCAGGGGUGCUCAAACGAGAAUCCGGGAGUGACUCUGACCUCUUCCAGUCACCCAGCGAGGAAGUGGACAGCAUCAUCUUCUCCAAGCCCGAGGAGGAGCAGUCAGUCUGUGACAUCACUGGGUCCAGUUCUUCCACCGAUGACACGGCGUCCUUGGGUCGACACUCCUCUCACGGCAGUGACGUAUCCCUCCCCCAGAUUUCAAAUUUGAACAGGUCCAGAGAUCAGCAGUGCCCCGACAGCUCCUACAGCCAUGGGGCAGGAGCCGAGGGCCGAGAGAGUGAGGGCGAAGCUGCUGGCUCAGGCGAGAUGGACGAGGAGGAGAUGGACAGCAUCGCCGAAGUGCCCGCCAACCGCUCUGUGCUGAGGGGCUCCAUGCGCUCCCUGUCCCCUUUCCGGAGGCACAGCUGGGGUCCCGGGAAGAACGCGGCCAGUGAUGCAGAAAUGAACCAGCGCAGUUCAUUGCGAGUUCUUGGGGACGUUGUCAGGAGACCCCCCAUUCAUAGGAGAAGUAUGAGCUGGUGUCCUUCUGGUGUCCGAUACUCUGCCGCCCUGAGUGCCGACUUUAAUUGCAGAAGUUUCAGCCUAGAAGGCUUGACCGGAGGAGCUGGUGUCGGAAACAAGCCGUCCUCAUCUCUAGACGUGAACUCUGCAAACACCAAACAGCUCAGGCACCCUUUCAGUGGGGAGGAAAGGGGUGACUCUUUGGUGUCGCUUUCAGAAGAGGAUCUGGAAUCAGGCCAGAGAGAACACAGGAUGUUUGAGCAGCAGGCAUGUCACAGAUCUAAACAACAGGGAUUUAAUUACUGCACAUCAGCCAUUUCUUCUCCAUUGACAAAAUCCAUCUCAUUAAUGACCAUCAGCCAUCCGGGCUUGGACAGUUCACGGCCUUUCCACAGCACCAGUGCUAACCUGACCGAGAGUAUCACAGAAGAGGCGUAUAGUUUCCUGCCUCAGAGCCCCUCCAAGAAAGACUUUGAAGGGAAGAGUGGAACCAAAGUCAGUCGCACCUUCAGCUACAUCAAGAAUAAAAUGUCCAGCAGUAAGAAGAGCAGAGAAAAGGAAAAAGAGAAAGAGAAAAUCAAGGAGAAGGAGAAAGAUUUGAAGGAGAAGGAGAAGGACAAGAAGACUAUCAACGGGCACACGUUCAGCUCCAUCCCUGUCGUGGGUCCCAUCAGCUGCAGCCAGUGCGUGAAGCCUUUCACCAGCAAGGACGCCUACACUUGUGCAAGUUGCAGUGCUUUCGUCCAUAAAGGCUGCAGGGAGAGUCUGGCCUCCUGUGCGAAGGUCAAGAUGAAGCAGCCCAAGGCCAGCCUGCAGGCACACGACACGUCUUCGCUGCCCACGGUCAUCAUGAGAAGCAAGCCCUCCCAGCCCAAGGAGCGCCCCCGGUCCGCGGUCCUCCUGGUGGAUGAGACCACGGCCGCUCCCAUGUUUGCCAGUCGGCGGUCCCAGCAGCCGGUCUCCCUCUCCAAGAGCGUCUCCAUACAGAACAUUGCGGGCGUUGGCAAUGAUGAGAACAUAUCAAACACCUGGAAGUUCCUGUCUCAUUCGACAGACUCACUCAACAAAAUCAGCAAGGUCAAUGAGUCCACAGAAUCGCUCACCGAUGAGGGAGUAGGUACAGACAUGAAUGAAGGACAGCUGAUGGGGGACUUUGAGAUGGAAUCCAGACAGCUAGAAGCAGAGUCCUGGAGUCAAAUAGUGGACAGCAAGUUUCUGAAACAGCAGAAGAAAGAUGUGGUCAAGCGGCAAGAAGUGAUUUACGAGCUGAUGCAGACCGAGCUGCACCACGUCCGCACGCUCAAGAUCAUGAGCGACGUGUACAGCCGAGGGAUGAUGACCGAGCUGCUCUUCGAGCAGCAGACGGUGGGGAAGCUGUUCCCCUGUCUGGACGAGCUGAUCAGCAUCCACAGCCAGUUCUUCCAGAGGAUCCUGGAGCGGAAGAAGGAGUCCCUGGUGGACAAAAGUGAGAAGAACUUUCUCAUCAAGAGGAUCGGGGAUGUGCUUGUGAAUCAGUUUUCGGGGGAGAACGCCGAGCGCUUAAAGAAGACGUACGGCAAGUUUUGUGGGCAGCACAACCAGUCUGUAAACUACUUUAAAGACCUUCACACCAAGGAUAAGCGGUUUCAGGCCUUUGUGAAGAAGAAGAUGAGCAGCUCCGUCGUGAGGAGGCUGGGAAUCCCGGAGUGCAUACUGCUGGUGACGCAGCGGAUCACCAAAUACCCGGUGUUGUUGCAGAGGAUCCUGCAGUGUACCAAAGACAACGAGGCGGAGCAGGAGGACCUCACUCAGUCGCUGAGCCUGGUGAAGGACGUGAUCGGAGCCGUAGACAGCAAAGUGGCAAGUUACGAGAAGAAAGUGCGUCUCAACGAGAUUUACACGAAGACAGAUAGCAAGUCGAUCAUGAGGAUGAAGAGCGGCCAGAUGUUUGCCAAGGAGGAUUUGAAGCGGAAGAGGCUGGUGCGGGACGGGAGCGUGUUUCUGAAGAACGCGGCAGGGAGGCUGAAAGAGGCUCAAGCAGUUCUCCUUACUGACAUUUUAGUUUUCCUUCAAGAAAAAGACCAGAAAUACGUCUUUGCAUCACUGGACCAGAAGUCAACAGUGAUCUCUCUGAAGAAGCUGAUUGUGCGAGAGGUGGCGCACGAGGAGAAAGGGCUCUUCCUCAUCAGCAUGGGCAUGAAGGACCCCGAGAUGGUGGAGGUGCACGCCGGCUCCAAGGAGGAGCGGAACAGCUGGAUCCACGUCAUCCAGGACACCAUCAACACCCUGAACAGAGAUGAAGACGAGGGCAUUCCUAGCGAGAACGAGGAAGAGAAGAGGAUGCUGGACAGCAGAGCCCGGGAAUUAAAAGAACAACUUCAGCAGAAGGACCAGCAGAUCCUCCAGUUACUGGAAGAGAAGGAGAUGAUCUUCCGGGACAUGACUGAGUGCAGCACUCCCUUGCCCGAGGAGUGCUCCCCGACUCACAGCUCUAGGGUCCUCUUCCGCUCCAACACAGAAGAGGCGCUCCGAGGAGGACCUUUAAUGAAAAGUGCAAUAAAUGAGGUGGAGGUCCUUCAGGGUUUGGUGAGCAGCAGCCUGGCAGGCACACUUGGGCAGGCGGUCAGUAGCCCUGCUGAGCAGGAAGGCACGGUGGGUCCCGUUUCCUUGCCCCGGAGAGCAGAGACCUUUGGAGGAUUUGACAGUCAUCAGAUGAAUGCUUCUAAAGGAAGUGAGAAGGAAGAGGGAGAGGAUGGCCAGGAUCUUAGAAGAACGGAGUCAGACAGCGGUCUGAAAAAGGGUGGAAAUGCCAACCUGGUAUUUAUGCUUAAAAGAAACAGUGAGCAGGUCGUCCAGAGCGUGGCUCACCUGCACGAACUCCUCAGCGCACUGCAGGGAGUGGUGCUGCAGCAGGACAGCUACAUCGAGGACCAGAAGCUGCUGCUGGCCGAGCGCGCGCUCACCCGCAGCGCGUCUCGGCCCAGCUCACUGGCGGAGCAGGAGAAGCAGCGCAGCCUGGAGAAGCGGCGCCAGGAGCUGGCGGACCUGCAGCGGCAGCAGGCGCAGCACCUGGACGAGAAGCGGCGGCGCGAGCGCGAGUGGGAGGCCCGCGAGCGCGCGCUGCAGGAGCGCGAGGCACGGCUGGCGCAGCACGAGCAGGACGUGCGCCAGGGCCGCCAGGACCUCGAGCGCGACCGCGACGAGCUGCAGCUCAAGAAGGGCGCCUACCAGUGCGACCUGGAGAGGCUGCGCGCCGCCCAGAAGCAGCUGGAGCGGGAGCAGGAGCAGCUGCGCCGGGACGCCGAGCGACUCCGCCAGAGGCAGGCGGAGCACGCCGCCUGCCAGGUGUCUCAUCAACACACAAAGCUGCUGAGGAUCCCAUCCUUCCUUCCGAAUCCCGAGGAGUCCCCCGUGCCGUUGGUCCCUUCGAUAGCCAAAUCAGGGUCACUGGACUCAGAACUCUCGGUGUCCCCAAAAAGGAACAGCCUCUCUCGGACACACAAAGAAAAGGGGCCUUUUCACAUACUGAGUUCCACCAGCCAGACGAACAGAGUAGCAGAGGGUCAGAGCCAGGCCCCUGUGCCCGCCUCCACGCGCCUGUUCGGGUUAGCUAAGCCCAAGGAGAAGAAGGAGAAGAAAAAGAAGAACAAAGGAAGCCGCUCCCAGUCCGGUGAUGGCCCCGCGUCAGAAGUGCCCGCAGAGGGUGAGGAGAUCUUCUGCUGACCCUGCCCGUGGCUGCCAGCCCCCCGUCCCGCCGUUCCUGGGUGUGCUCUCACCGUGGACGCCCAUGCUGCCCGGGUCCGGGACCAGGACCAGAUGGUCUCGAAUGUCAGGGUGGGGCAGGAGGCCCGGGACUGGUGGAACCGGCCCCACUGACGAUGUUCCACCGGAAGUAGUGGCCCCUCAAGUCCGGGCGCUGGUUUGGGGACACGUCAGGAACUCCUAAAGGCUGAAAGAUGUUUGUUUCUAAGUAAGGUCUGAAAUUCCCGCUGCCUUUUAUUUGGGGGACACAGCAGUCAAACAAGCAGACAGUUGGGACUUCGUCUGUGUGCAUAUAGGUACCCGUCUGCAUGUACAGAAGUGGGUGCCGUCCAUGGCAGGCGCCCGGCCCUGCUCAGGUAGUGUGCGGGCACCUGGGGCUCCAUCCCCCGGUCCUCGGAGGCGGUUUUCCCGUAGCCUUACCCUGUGCUCACCUCGCCCCUCUUUGCAUCUCUCUCUCAUUUCAUUUUGGAAGGGAAGGCAAACAUUUGUGGAAACCAGUGAGGGAAGGUGUGAUGUGUUUAAAAAGCAUCUAUACAUGCACGUUCUGCACCAUCCUGAUUCUGGUAUUCCAGCUAUUUAAAAAGAAAAAAAAAUCUGAUUUCAACAUCAAAUCCAAAGAAACCCUCUCCUGGCUUCCUAAGAUGUUUGCCUACAUAUUCAGGGCACAGAUGAAGUAGAGUCUCCUCCUCAUCUUUCCUGCAUUGUGACACUUUUUGGUUGUCACUGACCCGCAGCCUCCCCAGGGAAGCCGCUGCUCUGGCAGCGAGGUUGUCCCCACCCUGUUACCAGGACAACCAGCCAAGUAGUUUCCGGUGAAGGAGUCACCACCAGUGCAGACAGAGGGGAGCGCUGGCCCGGGUGUGUUCUCGCUCUGUACUGGGGAGGCCAAAUCUGAAGGUCUGCUGGCUAUUGUGCGCCCCCUCGGAGGCGCCCCAGAUGCUGCCUGGGCCGUCUGCUCUUUCUUGUCCCCACUGCGGGCAAUCUGUGUGUGCUUGAGGCUUGUCACCAGCCGGUGGGAGCAGGACAGGGUGUGGAGUCGUCCCCCCGAGGCCCCGUGUGCCUGCUGGGUUCACCGCCUCCCUGCAGGGGCAGGGAGAGCCUGGAGAAGUCUGUGCUUUCAGUGCGCCCUUCAAUUCCCGCGCGGUGGCCCUCAGGAGCAUGGGUCUGGAACACACUUUUUGGAAAAACAAAACCUGUACCUUGGUGCUUGUUGAUGAAUUGCAAGCUGGCCUUGCAGAUGGAGAUAUUUAUCUUUCAGUUUAUUUGAAAGAGGUCUGCUUUAAAAUUUUUAGCUUAGGUUUAUUUAUUUUGUGUGUGUGUGUGUGUGUAUGUGUGUUUUAAGGGUAAACAUACCAGCCCAACGGUUUCGGCUCCCUGAUCCAUGCAGAACGGGCAGAGGCAGCUGUGGGGCCCGCUCCUCAGUGUCUGUCCAAGUGCCUGAGGGCCUAGAAGAAAAUGAGGGGCUGGGCAGGGGGUCCGCGUCCUACCCUCCUCCCACUCCCCUCCCCUCCUUGAGCUCGAGUUGUCUUCCUCGUUGCUGGGGAGGAGAGAAACUUGCCACCUGUGAGUCACGUUUGCUUCUUUCUAUUCUGGAGAGCCUCCCCUUCAGAAGCAGACUCUCCGAUCCAAACCAGCUGAUCUUUUCAGCUACGAUGUGUGCACCCCCUUCCCCAAGACCCUAACAGUGAGAAGGCAGAGGACUUCUGGCCCCAGCCCGUACAGCUCCGAGCUACGGUCCUGCCAGCGCCACGGUUUCCUCCGAUCCACAGGGAGCCAGCUGCGGGGAAUGGCCCCAGCGGGUGGAACCUGCAUUCCUCCUCUGUGUCCCCAUAGGCCAGGCCCCCAUUCCUGAGACUGGCCCUCCCACGUAGGCGCUGUGGACACAGGGUUUCUGUCCAUUGCGGCCCAGCUUGACGGUAAUUUGAAGGUCCCUUUCACUCCCAACCCGCUACAAGGUUUAAGUUGUUUUGGCCGGUGGUUUUUUCAAACAGAUUUCUCCCGCCCCCACACCCCAGGAACUCUGCUUGUGUUGCGGUUAGACAGGUGUGGAAUCGGAAUGGGAACGUCGCCCUCCCGCACAGCGUGGUCCACAGCGCAGAGAACUGCCUCCUCAGACCUGUGCUCUGACGUGCCCCCCUCCCCAACCCCCUGUGAACUUCAGCUCCGGGGGGGCACUGUGCUUGCAGGUCUACCUGGGUUGUUGCUGCUUGUGACCCGGGGCUGCCCUGGGGCCAUCUGCCAGCGGGGUGGGGGACUCAGCCCUGGUUCUCCGUAGUGUCCGCCUGGUAGGACACGCUCAUCCAGCAGGCUCAAGAAAUCAGAUGCCUGACGUUAAGUUUUGGGGGAUAGAGACAACCCUCCGGGCCCCCAGAUUUCCAGAAUCUAGUGAAUUUCCUGUAAGGAGGCUGCGUCCUUCUCAAAACUUCUAUCAUCUCAGAAGCUGUCAUCCCGUGUGGGUGACAUGUGCACUUUAACUGCUGUCAUCUGUUGGCUUCAGUUUUGAGACAAUCGGCUGUGUUCGUGGGGGGUUGAAAACCUGCAAUUUACAUAAUCCAGCCUUGGCCAACAUUCCAUUCUCUGCCCCCACGCGAGCGACCUGUGGGCCAGAGGUCCUUGUCACGUUUGGUUUGGAAAGGUACGAAUCCUACCUUUUUCCCCUCUUAUGUCUCAGGGUAGCACCACUAAGUUAUCCCUUCCAGAAGGUUCUCCCUCAUUAGAGCCCCUAGUAUCAGUAGCACAAUUUUUUAAGACCCCCCGGGGGUUUGCUGUACCUGGUGUGGGGGUUGAUAAACUAGGCUUCGCCUUAAGUGAGGGGUAGACGCAGACCUUCGAAGCCAGCACUCUAUCCGGAAGUUGCCGUUCUCAGAAGUACUUGCUAUUUCGUCCCCUGGUCUCUGAGGUUGCUUUUCCAUAGGCAGUUCUUUCUUCCCGAGGAUUUUGGUCUUUGCACGGGGCUGCAGUCCACUCCGGUGUUGACGCAGCCAGGCCUCGUGCGGGGUCACUGGGCUUCAGAGGCCAAAGACAGGGUGGCUUGGAGGGGACCCCAGACUCUGUAUCGGACCCCCUGCCAGUGCUCAGACGCCCUUGGGAUGUGGAAGCCCAGAAACAGCCCCUCGGCUGAGACGGUGGCAGUGGUCGAGGGAGACGUGGGGCCUGCUUGCCUUCCGUUGGGACACGUGUGCCGGGUCCCAGCCUGUCGCUCUCGCUGAUCUGCAGAGACAGAGGAGAGGGUUGCGGUUUGCGUCUUCCAGUUCCUUCCAGCCUGACCUUCCUAGUCAACCAGGAGCUUUGGAACCUACCGCCUGCUGGCCAGGUUUUAAAACAAAAAGUAUUUUAAUGCUGCCAUGGAAGGGGGGAAAAGCCUUUUCUUUCCUCGCACUCCUCUAAUUUGUCCAAAGAUUGACAGGCCUUGAGUUAUUUCUCCAUCUCGCUAAGGUUUAAAGUCCUCCGGCCACCGACCAUGCGACCUGCUCCAACACCCACCAAGCCCGGCCCGUGCUGGGGGCUCCUUGCUGCCCCCCCCCCCCCGCACCCUCCCCCGGCCUGAGCUCUCCUGCCAGGGAGCCGCCCGGUCAGCUUGCCCGCGGUCACGGUUCAGCCUGUGGUUGUGUGUGUCCUUCCCUGCCGGGGGCGCGGGGAGACGCGCGGACACGCAGGACGGUGACCCCCAUACACCUCAUACCUCUGCUUCUGUCGUUUUCGGAUGCUACACGAACAUUUCUGUGCUAGAUUCUCUGAAAUGAAAAGGGGUUAAAACCCAGAUGCUGUAUAUUAAUUUGUAAUUAUGUAUAAAGUAAAGCAGUUUUAAACUGUAAAAAUUUCUUUCAGUGUGUUUUCUGGGAUUUUGCCACAACAUACGGUCUUUGUAUUUUAUUUAUCUUCCUUUCUAGUUAUUGGCGUCAGACUCCACUUGUAAAGUCCUCUCCUCCCUUUCAAAAAAUAAAUGUCCCUCAAGUCUC